CCUUGCAUUGCCUUAGGUCUACUUGAACUUGCAUUGCCUACCCAACAUUUCUACCUUUUACCAUCAUGCCCGUCCCAGGUUUCUUACAGUCUUUCGCAGACAAGGCUCAGUCCGCUAUCAAGGACUCGCCUCUCGCCCAGCAUCUCCCAAGCCAGUAUCGUCCUGGCAGCCCAGAUGCCAGCGCCCAGCCAUCUGCCAAUGAAGUCGCGUCCGGUGGUCACAAAUCUCACACUUUAGAAGCAAUCCAGUACCAGUUACGCAGCCUCGGUCAGCAGUACAGUUCGACUUCGCCAGUACAAAAGAUCAUCACCAUCGAAAAGGGUGUCGCGAUUGACUUUGAUAGUGUAUCCAGAGACUCAAAGGCACAGAGUAAAGAACUCUACACUUGGGGUCAAUCAGAACUCGACGAUCUGAAAGAUGUGACUGAUCGCCUUGCGUACCUGAACUUCGUACAAGGUUCGCUUGCGAGCUCCAUCGCGGUGAAGUUGGAUGCUGCCCGAGCGCCACUGAAACAACUUCGUGACGCCGAGGUUGCCCUCACACCUCGCCGGAACAUCCGUGCCGGGCUACAGAAUCAGCUCGCAAGGCUCGAACAUGACAACCAAAAAGGCAUGGAAAAGAAGAUUAGCGAACUAAAGGAUCAAGUCAGGAAAGCCGAGGCCGACGAUCAACCACAAGAAAGGGAAGUUGAGCUUUUGAAGAGAAAGGCUAUCCGCGAAAGUGAACAAGCCAAAUGGGAUGCGAUCCGCGAGUACGGCGAAAAGCUGAUUCUGCUGUCACAAGCUGCAAAUCCCGUUAUUGCGGUGUUGCCUACAAUUCCGCCCACUGAGUCAUCUCCGUACACAGGUGCACAAGCCACUGGUGCUGCGCGCGCGUCGUUGCAACGUGCUCUUGAUAAUUAUAAGACGGGACAUAUCAAUCUUCCACCUCAAGUUGCGGCAUCUGACCUCAGUCGAUCCGACACUCAAAGCUUUGGUGAAAGCCAUGCUAGUGAGCUGUCUAGCAUGUCCACCGAUGUUGCCGGUGCCGCUAGUCCUGGUAUUCCACUCUCGCCGCCGUUGAACGCGACCAAGGAUUCUUCACAGGCAGUAUCUGAGCCUACGAAGUACGCCCCUCCAUCUUCUCCACCCCCAAUCAACCCAUCCAACUUGAAUCUUUCACCGACACCUCUUCCUUCCUCUGGUGGUCCUUCAUCCGCGUCUCCUAGCGUCUCUAGUGUCCCAUCGGACUCGUCUAAGUUACCUCCGAUCACACCUACCAUAGCAGAAACCGGGGUACCUGUGUCUGCCGGCACAUCAGGCCCUGGACCCGCAAGCGGUUCCCUGCACGACAUCAAGGCUUCGCCUCCGUCUGGCGGUAAUGGGAAGUUUGAAUCUGCUGAAGAGGAGAAGAGACGCCUUGCUGCGACAUACUCUCAGGCGUACAAUGCGCCACCUGUGUCACAGCCAACCACCUCGACGUCUGAAAGUGCUGAAGAGGAAAAGAAGAGGUUGGAAAGGGAGAGAAUUUUGAAGGAAGGUGGGAGUCACGGACCGACUGGAAGCGGAGACAAUAACACCAGGAAGGAUGAUGACGAGUUGCCGCCAUACCAGGACAUUUAAUUGCGUUGUUCUUACAUGUGGAUUGUAUUUCUUGUAUAACGAUCUGUGGGUAUGGUAUUAACAAUGAAUGUACCUCAUAUCUCUUCUACGUACUUCUAAUUUCGGUGUCCAAUUCAGCUGGACCGCUCCAGGGUGGCGUUCACAUAAUUCUU